ACACACACACACACACACACACACACACACACACAGGGACUCCAUUUGGAACUGUAGUUUCCACUGGUUGUCACUGGGGGCACGGUUAUCCUGGGGGAGAGGGAGGGAGCAAGAAGCCCAGAGAUCCCACUGUGUUUAAAUGGCUGUAACUGGAUUUGCGGUCAGUGAUUUAAGUUGCCUGUAUUGUUCUGGGUGCUUCAGAUCAUAGUUCAGAGUUCUGAGCUAGUUCUCCUGAAGAAAACCUAUUGUUGUAACAUGUGUGGAGGUUGUCUGCGUUGACUGGUCUUCAUGCUAAUCAUCAAGUCCCUGUUUCUGUCAUUGCCUUAACACCUAGUCAAGCCGCUAUUGGAGUGUGGUGGAGAGCUUGAUGAAAGCUGAGAUUGGCUCUUGCUUCAGUGUGACCUUUGGACUUGGUUGAGAGGUCAAAGUGGUUAGGUGAAAGUGGAGUGGCACAGGGCUAAGGACCACUCCAUUCAGGUCCUCUCAGUGUGGAUAUUCAUUAGGCAACGUUUUUUGGAGUUAAGGCAAGAUUCCAGGAAGAUGUUCUUUAAUCUUCAUGGUCAUCAACCAACAAAACUGCUGGGAAUUAAAGGGGCGCUGUGUCUUUCCUGAACAAAAAUACCAAACGGUUCAUCUCUAGUACAUCUCUGUGGGCACACAGCAAAUGAUGAUAAAAUCCAGCAAGCAACCAGCAUGGAGGCUGAAUUUAUGUACAGGCGGGCGGGAGGGUGUGACUGACCUGUGUAGAAAUGAAAAGGUGGAGGAGGGGGAGACGGAUGCUCGAAGAGCGUCAUUCUGUUUGGGGGGAGGAAAGGAAAGGGCCUCUCUCCUCUUCUCUCCUCCCUGCUUGUGGUAUCAAAAAGGGGUCCAGGAUUAUAGGGCAAAACUGGAGCAAUUUCAUUUGUUUUGGGGUUUUCUUGUUCAUAGAUCUCAAAUGGAUGUUAUUCUGCAUGUAUUUGUUUGGCUGAGGAGGAGAUAAAGCCGGAGCCAGAUGUGAUGGAGGGGAUGGACAUGUCUAUUCAACCCAAAGUCCCCGCAUUGGAGCCGGGGUCUGCAGAGAAAGCCCUGGUUGCACAGAAGCGUAAGCUCCCCAGCCCCCAACACUCCUCCAAUGGACACUCUCCCUCUGCUGCGACCGUCACGGCCACCGCCACUGUAACGUCCACGUCCACGUCCACCUCCCCUAGCCCCAUCAAGAAGAAGAAGAAACCUGGCAUCAUCAACACCGGCAACAAAGACCAGUCUGAACUAAGGCAUGGUCCCUUUUACUAUGUGAAGCAGCAGCAGCAGCAGCCCUCGUCACUGCUCACCUCAGAUGUUGCUGUUGAUGUUGUACCGCAGGACGGCCGUAACGACUUCUACUGCUGGGUGUGCCACCGCGAGGGCCAGGUGCUCUGCUGUGAGCUCUGCCCGCGCGUCUACCACGCCAAGUGCCUGAAACUGGCCGCCGAGCCCGAGGGCGACUGGUUCUGCCCUGAGUGUGAGAAAAUAACGGUAGCAGAAUGCAUCGAGACACAGAGCAAAGCCAUGACGAUGUUGACACUAGAGCAGCUCUCUUAUCUGCUGAAGUUUGCCCUUCAGAAGAUGAAGCAGCCUGGGACAGAGCCGUUCCAGAAGCCUGUUUCUCUGGAGCAGCAUCCAGACUACGCGGAGUACAUCUUCCACCCCAUGGACCUCUGCACACUAGAGAAGAACAUGAAGAAGAAAAUGUACGGUUGCACAGAAGCCUUUCUGGCAGACGUGAAGUGGAUUCUACACAACUGUAUAAUUUACAAUGGAGGCAACCAUAAACUGACGGCAACAGCUAAAGUGAUUGUGAAGAUCUGUGAGCACGAGAUGAGUGAAAUUGAAGUCUGUCCAGAGUGCUACUUGUCAGCUUGCCAAAAGAGGGACAACUGGUUCUGUGAACCAUGUUGCCAACCUCAUCCCUUGGUGUGGGCCAAGCUCAAAGGAUUUCCCUUCUGGCCCGCCAAAGCCCUGAGAGAGAAGGACGGACAAGUGGAUGCCCGCUUCUUUGGCCAGCAUGACAGGGCAUGGGUGCCCAUCAACAACUGCUACCUGAUGUCCAAGGAGAUCCCCUUCUCCGUGAAGAAGACCAAGAGCAUCUUCAACAGCGCCAUGCAGGAGAUGGAGGUGUACGUGGAGAACAUCCGCAAGAAGUUUGGCGUCUUCAAUUACGCUCCAUUCCGCACGCCGUACACGCCCAACAAUCAGCUGCAGAUGCUGCAGGACCCCUCCAACCCCGCCGGCGGCACCGUCCGCCUGGACAAGCAGGAGAAGAUCAAGUUCAGCUUCGACAUGACGGCCUCUCCCAAGAUGCUCUUGGGCAAGAGCAUGAUGUCGGGGCCCGGGGGCAGCGCUGCCGCGGCCGGCAGGAGGAUCUCCAUGAGCGACAUGCCGCGCUCCCCCAUGAGCACCAACUCCUCCGUCCACACGGGCUCGGACGCGGAGCCGGACUCAGCUGACAGGGGGGCGCGGAUACCGCACUACAGCACCGGGGAGGACUCCAUGGACUACACGGCAUCUCCAGCUUCCAAGAUGGGAGUUAUGAACAGCACAGACAGCCCCAAGACCAUCAAGCAGGAGAGGGGACCAACUGGUGGAAUCCUCAACCUCAACUUGGACCGGAUCAAAGCGGAGAUGGACCUAAAGGAGUUAAGUGAAUCCGUACAGCAGCAGCAGCAACAGCAGCAGCAGUUACAGGGGACACCAACGCGGCUCAGCUCUGCCAGGAGACCCCUCCGCAGCCUGGACAAGACUAUUGAGAACUGCAAGGCCCAGCUUGGAAUUGAUGAGCUCUCCGAAGACGUCUACCGCAAUGUGGAGCACAGCGACUCUGAGGACUCUGACAAGUCGGACUCCAGCGACAGCGAGUACAUGAGUGACGAGGACCAGAAGCCCAAGGGCCACGCUGGCUCAGCCAACAGCGCCGCCGCUAACGCCACCACUGACAAGGAGUCCAAGCGGAAGAGCCGCACCGCCUCUAUGGAGAGGCCGGAGAGGAACGGGGGACUGCUCGGCGGAGGGUCAUCAACGACGGGUGUAGCAGCUGGGACGCUGGGCCGAGUGGACAAGUCUGGAGCUGUGGAGGGCUCUAUGGUCAAGAAGGAGAAACAGCAGCAGCACCACAACAGCAGCAGCAGAACGGAAAAGGAUGAGAAGCCUCGGGGAGCAUCACUGCCUCAGCAGCCGCAAAAGGCAGAGGCUAAAGCUGCAUCCAGUGCAGCCGGUGCAGAUGUGGACUCUGACUCAGAUAAGGAGCUGGUCAUCGACCUCGGGGAGGAGUCGGGAAGAGACAGGAAGAGAGCCAGGAGGGAGGCUCCGACAGCCCCCGCCAUCAACAGUAAAGCUCCCUCGUCCAGCCACCCAGCAUCCUCCUCCUUCUCUGCUGAAAACACCUCCUCAAGCACCCCCGCCGGUGGUGUGAAAGACUUCUCCCAUCCUCCAGUGGGCACCCCCCUGAACCUGGUGUCCUUCCCAGCCCUGGCCUCCUCAACGCUGCCUCCUGGUGCCUCCUCCUCCUCCUCCAGCAACACCUCCUCAUCUUCUCCAGCUGCCAUUCCCACCACACUGCCUUCCUCCGCCAUCGUAUCGCCACCCUCCUCUUCCUCGCCUUCCAGCAUGGUGAAGAAGCAGCGGCCUCUGCUGCCUAAAGACUCGGGGGCCUCGCCUCAGACUCUAACGCCGCAGCAGCAGCAGCAACAACAGCGCACAGUGGUGUGGAACCCCGCCACUGCCACCAGCGGCGCCAAGUUCCAGACGUCCUCGCAGAAGUGGCAAAUGCAGAAGGUGCAGCAGCAGCAGGGACAGGGUACUCAGGUGCAGACGCAGGCACAGGCGCAGGUGCAGACGCAAGGCGUGUCUGCUGCACAGCAGGCCCAGUCGUCCAGCACGCGGUACCAGACCAGGCAAUCGCUCAAAGGAGCGCAACCAAAGGACUCUUCCCAGGCUGCUGCCUCAGCGUCUGCCUCUGUGUCCUCUUCCCUCCCGUCCUCCUCCUCCUCUUCGGCAGGAGACUUCACCAUCCCCACCGGCUCCGCUGACCAGGCCGCUGACAUCGCCAAGUACACCACUAAAAUCAUGGACGCAAUCAAAGGGACGAUGACUGAAAUCUAUAACGACCUGUCCAAAAACACGUCUGGAAACACCAUUGCAGAGAUCCGCCGGCUGAGGAUAGAGAUUGACAAACUCCAGUGGCUCCACCAGCAAGAGCUCUCCGAGAUGAAACACAAUCUGGAGCUGACGAUGGCGGAGAUGCGUCAGAGCCUGGAGCAGGAGCGUGAGCGGCUGGUGGCGGAGGUGCGUAAGCAGAGCGAGGCGGAGCGUCAGCAGGCGGUGGACGAGACCAAGAAGAAGCAAUGGUGUGCCAACUGCCGCAAGGAGGCCAUCUUCUACUGCUGCUGGAACACCAGCUACUGCGACUACCCCUGCCAGCAGGCCCACUGGCCCGAGCACAUGAAGUCCUGCACGCAGUCAGCCACUGCAUCCCAGCAGGAGACGGAGGCGGUCGCCCCAUCGGAAGCUCUGGCCAGACCAUCCGGCCAGUCCCCCAGCGCCCAGCAGCAUCCCUCCCCAGCCAUGGCUGCCUCUGGCCAGGCCAACAGAGACCCUUCACCCGCCUCCUCUGGCCCAGGAGUCAGCGUCUCCUAACCUUAUACAUACCCUCCACAGUGAGGGGAACCCUGGAUUCAGAAGCUAUAGUCCAGUGCCACAUUCUCCAUCUAACCUUGUUUUUACGUGUACAAUUAAAACAUUUGGGCAGGUAAAAGUAGGUCUUGGAUUAUGUGGCACUGGAUUGUAGCUCUGAAUCCAGGUUGCCCAUCACUGAACCUACACACCCCCUCCUCACGCACUGCUCCGCUCACUGCCUGUGUGCCUGUACAUAAAUAUACAGUAUAUUGUUAUUAUUAUUAAUAUUAUAAAUGUUGUAUCUGUAUGUCACCGCGUUCUUGUCACAUACGUCUUAUACUAUGGACCUGUAUUGCAAAGGCCGGACUGAGCUUCAUACACCUCCUUUGGGUAUGGAAGGGCUGCAAACGAUUACCCAUCAUCACCACAUCAAGGAAUUGUGGAUGACAUCAAAAUGAAAAAUUGUGUUUUAUAUAUAUAUAUAUAUAUAUAAUUUUUUAUUUUGCCUGUUUUUUUUAUUUUGUUUUUGUUUCUACGACUUUUGUUUUGGUCCUUAACAAAUGUGGGCGAAGCACCACAAUGAAAAUAUCAAAUAUUGUAAAUGUGAAACAUCUUUUAUACGACACAUAUAGUUCAUGGGGGGAAAAAAACUUUUUACAGAAAUGGUGGUUGCACUUUGAAGUGCCUGCUGGAGAUAUCAUUCAUAUCAUUCUAUGAACUGUGGAAAUAAAACUGUUUUGUGAAUAGAUGGGCUAUCGGAAUAUCCAUUUCAAGACUACAUGAACUCGUCAUCACUUACACUAUGAAAGACUCUUCAGACUCUGUACUGUGACUGUAAGCACAGAGAAAGGAGCUCACAAGAGAAGAAACCUCAUGCAGGAGAACAUUAAAUGGCUGUGCAUUUCUUGUGAGCAUGUAUUUUUUUCUGUCUAUGUCUCACAAAUGUUAUUGUUUACAUAUUGUAAAUAAAAAGUGGGGUUGGUGGUAAACUUAA